GGCGCGCGGGAAGCGGAGAUGCCCGCCUUCCAACGGCCUUGGUCACCACCGCCUCCUGCCCUUGGAAAGUAUCCCCAGCCUGAACGAAGACUCCGGCGGGCGAAGCUCAAUAAUAAAUCGGGAAAUCCUACAGUCAGAACACCGGAAACUUCAGGAACUUGCACACUGACUUUUCGAAAGAACCGGUUCCUUUCUUUUAACAGUUUUGGAAAAACAGCUUUGUUACCUUGA